GAAAUCAAGAACAUCAAUUCACAUAUCAACGAAAAGAAUUCAAAGAACUCAGAAACUGACAAGAAGAACAAAGAUCUUGAACAAGAGUUGAAUGAUAAGAAAGCUCAACUUGAAUCCAUUCCAACCGUUGAAGACAAAUCAUCCGAACUCGAAAACGAAAUCAAGAACAUCAAUUCACAUAUCAAUGACAAGAAUUCAAAGAACUCAGAAACCGAUCAUAAGAACAAGGACCUUGAACAAGAGUUGAAUGAUAAGAAGUCUCAACUUGAAUCCAUUCCAACCGUUGAAGACAAAUCAUCCGAACUCGAAAACGAAAUCAAGAACAUCAAUUCACAUAUCAACGAAAAGAAUUCAAAGAACUCAGAAACUGACAAGAAGAACAAAGAUCUUGAACAAGAGUUGAAUGAUAAGAAAGCUCAACUUGAAUCUAUUCCAACCGUUGAAGACAAAUCAUCCGAACUCGAAAACGAAAUCAAGAACAUCAAUUCACAUAUCAACGAAAAGAAUUCAAAGAACUCAGAAACUGACAAGAAGAACAAAGAUCUUGAACAAGAGUUGAAUGAUAAGAAGUCUCAACUUGAAUCUAUUCCAACAGUUGGAGACAAGUCAUCCGAACUCGAAAAUGAAAUCAAGAACAUCAAUUCUCAGAUCAACGAAAAGAAUUCAAAGAACUCAGAAACCGAUCAUAAGAACAAGGACCUUGAACAAGAGUUGAAUGAUAAGAAACAAGAACUUGAAUCCAUUCCAACAGUAGAAGACAAGUCAUCCGAACUUGAAAAUGAAAUCAAUAAUGUUGAUUCUCAGAUCAAUGACAAGAAUUCAAAGAACUCAGAAACCGAUCAUAAGAACAAGGACCUUGAACAAGAGUUGAAUGAUAAGAAGUCUCAACUUGAAUCCAUUCCAACCGUUGAAGACAAAUCAUCCGAACUCGAAAACGAAAUCAAGAACAUCAAUUCACAUAUCAACGAAAAGAAUUCAAAGAACUCAGAAACUGACAAGAAGAACAAAGAUCUUGAACAAGAGUUGAAUGAUAAGAAAGCUCAACUUGAAUCCAUUCCAACCGUUGAAGACAAAUCAUCCGAACUUGAAAACGAACUUAAGAAGAUUGAUUCUCAGAUCAAUGACAAGAAUUCAAAGAACUCAGAAACCGAUCAUAAGAACAAGGACCUUGAACAAGAGUUGAAUGAUAAGAAGUCUCAACUUGAAUCCAUUCCAACCGUUGAAGACAAAUCAUCCGAACUUGAAAAUGAAAUCAAUAAUGUUGAUUCUCAGAUCAACGAAAAGAAUUCCAAGAAUGAAGAGACCGAUCAUAAGAACAAGGAACUAGAACAACAACUUUCCGAUAAGAAGGCGCAAUUAGAAUCAAUUCCAACUGUUGAAGACAAGUCAUCCGAUCUUGAGAAUGAACUUAAGUCUGUUGAACAAUCCAUCAACGAAAAGAACGCAAAUAACGAUAAAACAGACAGACAUAACAAGGAACUCGAACAUCAACUUGAAGAAGAAAAGAAUAACAUGGAAGAAUUAAUCAAUCAAAAGAAUUCUAUGAACGAAGAUACCGACAAGAAGAACAAGGAACUCGAAGAACAGCUCGAAUCGAAGAAGAAGGAACUUGA